GGUAACUCUACAAAUGCUAAAAGUGAUCCUAACAAUAAAAUGGAAGAACAGGGAACCGACGGUGUAAACAAUGAAGAAAAUAAUUCGCAGGGUAACUCUACAAAUGCUAAAAGUGAUCCUAACAAUAAAAUGGAAGAACAGGGAACCGACGGUGUAAACAAUGAAGAAAAUAAUUCGCAGGGAAACUCUACAAAUGCUAAAAGUGAUCCUAACAAUAAAAUGGAAGAACAGGGAACCGACGGUGUAAACAAUGAAGAAAAUAAUUCGCAGGGAAACUCUACAAAUGCUAAAAGUGAUCCUAACAAUAAAAUGGAAGAACAGGGAACCGACGGUGUAAACAAUGAAGAAAAUAAUUCGCAGGGUAACUCUACAAAUGCUAAAAGUGAUCCUAACAAUAAAAUGGAAGAACAGGGAACCGACGGUGUAAACAAUGAAGAAAAUAAUUCGCAGGGAAACUGUUCAAAUGAUAAAAGUGAACCAAAAACUAAAACGGAAGGCGUUCAUAAUGACAAUCCAGAAAAGUGUAAACAGGGAACCGAUGGUGUGAACGAGGAAAAUGAUUCGCAGGGAAACUCUACAAAUGCUAAAAGUGAUCCUAACAAUAAAAUGGAAGAACAGGGAACCGACGGUGGAAACAAUGAAGAAAAUACUGGACCUGGAGACUCGCCAACUGAUCAGAAUAUUGAAAGUGGAACGGAAACAACUCAGAAUGUCAAGAAGGAAAAGAGUUAGCAGGGAACCAACUGUGGGAAGAAUGAAGAUAAACUUAAACAAUGAUCCAAGUUAACACAAACCUAGUCCAGAAGAAAGACACCUGAGUAUGAGGAAAUGCGGUGGACACGCUCACCAAUUCUAUCUUAAAACAAAACACCGUAACUGUAUACUGGCAAAACUCUGAUAUUAUAAUAUAUAUUCCAGGUUUCUGCUGCUAGCCAUUGUUUAGGAGGAAACUUUGUGGAAUCAUUUGGUACAGCAUUUCCUCAAACUUUGGAAUAGGAUUCAACAGAGUUGUUGAUGUUUGGAUAAUCAAACUUCUCUGUAUCAGGACUGACAAAAUAGAGCGUAUUUUCAUUGUGCCUAAUUGAAUGGUUGGCGGCCAAAUUUUGAUUGAAAUGUUUCCUUGAGCUCUUCUGCUGUGCCCUGCUGAAGAAUUGUUAGAUCGUUAUAUUUCUGUGCUUUCCCAUUGAUCCUUUAUCAAAAAACAAUUAUUAUUAUUUAUAUGGCAGAGAGCAUCUGUUUUUAUGUGUUCAUGAUGUUAACCAGCAAUUCGAUUCAAUACUUACAUGGGAAACCAAAGCAUUUUGUAUAAAAAUAAUAAUUUUGGGGGGUGUGCAUUUUAAUGUAUUCGAAUAAGAAAAGUUGGGGAGAGUACAUGGAUUUUUAUAAUCAUGGCCAUUUUACAAUAUUCAUUUUAGGGACCAACUAUUCCCCUUGGAUAUGACUCCAGAUGUUUGGAAGCCUUGUGCUAAGAUGCCAAUUUCUAAAACCUUAAUGUUGCAUAUUUCCAACACAAAUUUUAAUCACUAGAAUCUACAAUCUGAUGGCAAUCAUAAUUCAGGGACUGAUGUUUGGGCCACUAUGUUAAUAAAGGAAUUGAAACACUAUAAUAUAAAGGAAUUUAAACAUUUUUUGUCAUGACUACGUUCCUAGCUUUUACCUUACAGCAUCAGUGAAAGAGAAUGCUUAGAGAUUGAUUAGGAGUCACAGCUGAAUUCUUACAUUUUAACACAGCUGUUGAGAUGCCAAGGUGCUCUAAUCUUGCAGUUAUUUUUGAAAAUAUUGAACUUCUUGCCAUAUCACAACUCUGAAA